AUGGCCUCGUCCGCGCAACCGGCGCAGCUGACUCCAACGGCCACGCGCCAGUCCAACUUUGAGCAGGCCGUCGCCUAUGCCCUCCACCUCUGGCCGGCCUUGACUCUCGCGGUGCAGAACAACUGGGGCGGCCCCGAUUCCGCCGACAAGCGAGACUGGUUCGCCGGCGCCGUCGUCGACCUGUUCCCCGAGUUCACCGAUGCGCCCCCGAAGAACAAGGCUCCCGCCGAGCCGGAUAUGGAGGAUGUUGAGGCCGUCUUGCUCCAGGUCAUGAUCGACGAGUUCGAGGUCAAUGUUGACGACGACUCCGGGGCCGAAGUCGCCAGCCAAAUCGUCCGCAUCCGAUCUCAGUGCAGCAUCGGGCAGUCUGACGAGGUCGACGCUCUGAGGGAAAGAUUCGAGAAGCUCAAGGGCAACAAGGUCGAUCACAUGUUCAAACAGGCCCUAGACGCGGACCAAGACACCGAUUGGGAAACCGACGACUCGCAAGACGACGACGACGACGACGGAGGCGCCGAUGUCGCCAUGGACGAGGCACCUCCCUUAGUGUCGGCGCCAAAGGAGAAGCCAACCCCGCAGGUUGACGAAGAUGGCUUCGUCAUGGUCACCAAGAAGAAAAAGUAG